GGCCGCCAUUUUAUUUUUUCGAGUUCUGUUAUUGGUUAUCUGUGAAAAAGGGGCGUUUUUUUUUCAGGAAAGUUGAACUUUUUCAACCUCAAAAGACGCUCUGAGCUGCAGAAAAAGACGCCGGCGCUGGAGAUUAAAAACGCGCUCAGGACUUUUUUGAUUCAGACUGUCUUUACUACAGCGAAAUGGCAGAAGCCAGCAUUUCAGUGGAUCAGGAUCAGUUCAGUUGUUCAAUCUGUCUGAAUCUCCUGAAAGAUCCUGUGACUAUUCCCUGUGGACACAGUUACUGUAUGAGCUGUAUUACAAACUGCUGGGAACAGGAUGAUCAGAAGAGAGACCACAGCUGCCCUCAGUGCAGACAGACCUUCAGUCCAAGACCUGUUUUAGGUAAAAACACCAUGCUGGCUGAAGUGGUGGAGAAACUGAAGAACACUCAACUACAAGCUGCUCGUCCUGAUCACUGUUAUGCUGGACCUGGAGAUGUGGAGUGUGACGUCUGUACUGAGAGAAAACACAAAGCUGUCAAGUCCUGUCUGGUGUGUCUUGAAUCUUACUGCAAAACUCAUUUUGAGCGUCAUGAAGAACUUCACUCUGGAAGGCGUCACAAAGUGACUGAUGCCAUCGGCCGUCUUCAGCAGAUGAUCUGCCCUCAACAUGAGAAACUUCUUGAGAUUUACUGUCGUACAGAACAGCAGUGUAUAUGUUAUCUGUGCAUGGUGGAUGAACACAGUGACCAUAAGACUGUAUCAACUGCAGCAGAGAGGACUGAGAAACAGAAACAACUGAAGGAAACACAGAGUAUAUACCAGCAGAGGAUUCAGGAGACACAGAAGGAGCUUCAGGAGUUGAGAGAGGCUGUGGAGACUCAUAAGCGCUCUGCUCAGGCAGCAGUGGAGGACACUGAGAGGAUCUUUACUGAACUGAUCCGCUCCAUUGAGAGAAGCUGCUCUGAGGUGAUACAGCUGAUCAGAGAUCAGGAAAAGGCUGCAGUGAGUCGAGCUGAAGAACUCUUGAAGUGUCUGGAUCAGGAGAUUGAUGAUCUGAGGAGGAGAGACACUGAGCUGGAGCAGCUUUCACACACAGAUGAUCACAUUCUUUUCCUCCAGAGUUUCCAGACACUCUGUGUUCAUCCUGGAUCUACAGACUCACUCAGCAUUACUGACAGCUCUCUCCUCUCUUUCGAUGAUGCCCAAAGAAUUAGAGAGAAAUUGCAGCAUUUGUGCAAAAAAGAGCUAGAAAAGAUGUUUGAUAGAGUUACUCCUGAACCCAAGAACAAGGAGCAGUUUCUAAAAUAUUAUUAUGAGGUCACUCUGGAUCCAAAGACAGCGAAUAGGUAUCUCCGUCUGUUUGAGGGGAACAGAGUGAUUACUUGCACUUACACAGUCCAGCUGUAUCCUGAUCAUCCAGACAGAUUUGAUAAUUAUCGUCAGGUGUUGUGUAGAGAGAGUGUGUGUGGACGCUGUUACUGGGAGGUUGAGUGGAGUGGUGGGGUGGAUAUAUCAGUGUCAUAUAAGAGCAUCAGCAGAAAGGGAUAUGAGUGUUCAUUUGGACGUAAUGAUCAGUCUUGGAGUUUUUGCUGCACUGACUCCAGUUGCUCAUUCUGGCACAAUAACUUUGAGACUAAAGUCCCUGUAGUGUCCAGAUCUUCUAGAAUAGGAGUGUAUGUGGAUCACAGUGCAGGAACUCUGUCCUUCUACAGCAUCUCUGACACAAUGACCCUCAUCCACAGAGUCCACACCACAUUCACUCAACCUCUCUAUCCUGGGUUUAGAGUUUAUAAAUAAGUAAAACUGUGUGAUCUGUAAAAAUGAUAAAGAGAUACAACAAAUAAUAUUGUGUUCAACAAACUAUGAGGUAAAUGACGCAUCACUGCAUGAAAAUGUAAUCUCUUAUUUCCACUAACUUUAUUAUUACUGAUUCUGUCUGUGAAAUGAAAAAACAUGCCCGGUGUCAGAGUAAAAAUCAUCUUAUUGGAUCUAAUAAUGAUUGUAGUGUAUAAGAAGGUAUAGUCAUUGAUGACAGCAAUUCAAACAUACUGAACAUUCACGUGUUCUUGUCAGCACAAAUGUAUUAUUUUAGGUUUAGUUUGUUUUAUUUUUGUUUGUGUUGUUAUUGAUUGUUUAUGUUUGCAUCGAAAGUUUGGCAAGUUAACUCAAACUGCAAAUAUGACAGCCAGAAAAAGUACUUACUGUAGUUUAGUUUUCUGAUCAAUAACAACAGUAAACACAAUACAGCAGCACAGUAUAAAUACAGUUAAUGAAUGAUGUUGUUUAUUACAGCAAAAUAUUGUACUUUAUGUUAAUUUAUUCAUUAAUAAAGAAUGAAUGCGA